GCGAUAUAUCUAACACAAUACUUAUUUGAGAUGUCAUUACUGAUUUAAUGAUAUGUAAUGUUUUAUUCUUUACGAGACACUUUCCUACAUCUGUCAUCGCUGUAAAUUUGCUACAUAAUUUAUACAGAUUUCACUUUGACGCUUUUAUUCUCGAAUCCUGACAUUGAAUUCAAUAUAAUUUCUGCGAGUCUAGAUCUCGAUACUAUAAAAAAUAUAUGCAUAUAAAAAAAUAUCUUGGCUUUUCAAGAAACAGACUGGAAACGCCAAUUUUGGAGAUUCUUUCUCUCAUAUGUAUAUGUAGUAUCGAAAAAUGAAUUCGGCCAGAUUAUAAUGUUUCCAAUGUCUGCUUUCUCAAAGUCUCAUGCAAUCGCAAACUCUCGUUCCCUUCCUCCCCUCAUGUGUGCCGUUUGAAUACGUUUUGUUUUCUCGCGUGCACAGUGAACGCGCGGUUGAACAUGUUAAAAUCGCUCGGUAUCGGGGCGAAACAUUUACCCUUAUCGCCUUUACCGCCCACGGUUAUCCAGGGGGUUGCAAUGGCGAGCGACAACGGGGUUGGUAAUGCCGCAACUACGCCGGGCGCCGUCGGCGCAUCCGGAAACUGCACUACCGUCGUCUACGCGUUUCCGGAAGAGGAGGAUCGCCUAGUGGUGGGAUACCUCAAUGAGUGGAUCAAUGCAUAUUCCUUCAUCACGAACAACCAAGAGAAGUUUUACCUCUACAUUAUCGUAUCGGUCAGCGCUGGUAUCUUGCUCUUUCUGGGACUGGUUAUUGGCCGCCUGUUAGUCAGCCGGCAUCGCGCCAAGAGGGAUGCAAAGUUCCAUGCGAAUAACGAGACUCUUCCAAAUGGAUUCACCGACGAUAUUUCCGAAAUUGAUGCGGAUAUCGAUCUUACCACACCAGUUGCAGUACCAAUGCAAGACGCAAGAUUGUCCGAAACUCAAUUGGCCGAGAGGCUUCACGGCGAACGUUACUAUGCCGAUACAAGGAUACCUCUGUCGCCAACGAGCAUCCACGUCGCGUCGGUGCCUCAUGCGACCAACACGGGGAUGCGGGUCGAUCUUGGAAAUCACAUGGUUGGCACGGAUAAUCUUCACACGAUCCUACGCGCGGAGAAUCCCAGGAGCCUCAACAGCAAAAGCUAUUACUACGGCUGACAAGAGGAAGGGGUUGUCCCGCGCGAGGGACGACCCCCGUCCUUGAGCCCGGUACCGGAAGUAAGCACGCGAAAAUAUUGCUUUUAAAUUUGACGAGACGGGAAGACGCGCAGACUUACGGCAGAGCCUUACUCGUCUCUUACACCGAGCCGCUGUAAAUUAUGUUGAACACGAAGAAAAUUGUGCCAUUUAUAUCGCAUCCCGAAUUACGGUAGGUAGUGACAGUGCAAUCGCAGAUUUGUCGGGCUGACUUUAACGACAAGCACUUACUGGGAGCUGUUAAAACAGACUUAUACACUACGGAUUUUUGUAUGUCUGCAAAAGUGUCGUCCAUUUUUCGGGAUUCGCGCGAAAAUUCUCGAGGAGUGUAUAAUCUAUCGUUGGCAAGGAUGAAGAAGGGGAGAAUCAUAUAAUCACGACAUUGUUUUGCUGCAAUAUUGCAACGAGAACGUGUAGCGAUAUGUUAAAAAAAUCGACUUAUAAAUGUGUAUAAAUAAGAAUGCUCGAGCGAGGAGAGAAGGAGAAGUUUUUCCGGAUAAAAUUGGAAUAGUUUUAAGGACUAUCGCAAGCAUUUAUGUUAUAUUAUCCAUUUAAUUGUCCACGACAGAAAAAGUAUGAUCUCUAUUAUGCAAGCAAACACGUGACAGGACUCGAAUUCGAAUUAACAGACGAGUACCAAGAAAGUAGACGUGUAUUACUGGUAAUAUUUAUUUCUUGGAUUACUAAGCUGUCGACGGAUUUUUAAGUUUCGUUUUUUAAUAUAGAUAGAGACAUAUCUUGCGGAGACUGUGUUACCGACCUUGAUAUUCGUCGAUCGAACAAUCUACUCUCACUGUAUAUCUUGUAUUCACUGUAUACUUGACUGUUAUACCCUCGGCAGAAUCUCGCUAAACGAAAUGAGUUUCAUAAAGCAUAUCGACAACUGGCCGGUAACGUUUUUGCCGACUUCUGGAACCUUUGAUUUGCGCAACCUAGAUUUCUGGUGACCAGCAGUGAGUCAGUGAAAGAAAUCCCCUGUUAGGCAUUCACCUCGAGAAUGUCGACAAUAUGGAAAGUAAUAUUGAUGUAUUUAUGAAUAAUAUUUUAUAUAUAAUUUUGUCAAACGAGAUUUGUGUCAGAGCAAACAGUUUCCUUGUGUGAAAUCUAUAACGCGACCUUGUUAGGAAAAAAACAAGACCUAAUAUUAAUCGAGGUUCUUUAAACCGAUCACCACUCGUGCGCCAGCUGGAAAUUAUCGACCAGUACGACUGUAGGAACAGCGGCCGCACGUAAUCACGCCCACACUCAAGAAAAAUCUCUCAACGAACUUACAGCGGUUUUGUAUACCGAAGCUAUGCUACCAUAGUCGCGAGACGAUUUUUAUAGAACUUGGUACGUAUGUAUGUAUUAUAUAUCACGCUGUAAAUAGGGUCGUGUGAUGUAAUAUAUGGAUAAGUAAGCGAGAGGGACGCACGUAAUAAGACUUAAAUCGAAACGGUCGGAGAUUGUAACUGAGGGUCGCCCUUUGUGCCAUACAAUCGAUUUUGCAAUCGUCCGGGAAAGCGGGAGAGAGCGCGCGCCUCUCUGUCGAGCUUGCGGAAACUCUCCCUCGCGGACGAUCGCGGAUAAGGAGAUUAGUAAUAAUAUAAGCAGAGUUCGGAUUUUUCUUCCAUGUAAAAUGGUGCGUGGAUUUCGACCAGCGAUGCGCAAUCUUGUUCGUUACGUAUCAUCUUUCUCAACAACUAGCACAACAAUCAUUGAUCGCAAAAUUUGUAUAAGAAUGAUAAUCGAGUCACACACAUCAUUUAGUGAAAUCGAAAUAUUGUGAAGAAAUCGAUGUAUCGAUAAGUUUAUGUGGCAAACCGAUGAAUAUCUGAUCUCAGAAAUUUAUCUGUCGCAAUUGAAUACAACUUAAAAAUAUUCGCAUAUUUUUUAAAGAAAACUCAAUAUCUCUUCUCAUUUCAGAAACAUUGAAUUUUAAUUUUUUCAGGGCAUAUUCUGAUUUUAUCGAGCACGAUGAUGUAAUUUAUCUACUUUCUCGUAGAAAAAUGAAUCAAAAUCCCACGUGAGAAGAUAUUAUGAUAGAUUGCGUAUCCACGGAACUGCACUGUUGUUCUUUCUAUCAUUAGCCACGUUAAUGUAAUUUCGCUCAACUGCCCGUAGUAUACAACAAAUCCGAGCUCCACCAAACCCUCCCUCCCCCUUCCGUUCUCGUUGUUUGUACGUCGUUCGGUAAGUCGUAAUCCCCCGAACUCGCACACAGUCGUCGUUAUGACAAAUCGAUCUCGCGGGUAUCCGGCGACGCGGAGUCGCAUUUUCGACACAUCAGCGAGGUCGUUAACGUAAUAACGCCCACACUGAUCGUUAUCUUUAAGGGCUAAGCCAUCAAUUAGGUGAUACGUCGAGGUCGUAUGAACAUCGCGAAUGCCAUAUAAUUUGACACAUCUCGCACGAGGAGCGCGAUCGUCGGGAACAUAUAUCAUUCUCAGUGAUUGAUUUUUCACGACCGUACAUCGAGGCAAAACAUACAUGCGAAUCUCACUAAUCUCGUGCGAGAAAAUUAAACAUAUUUUUACCUGUGUAGAAUUUCGCAUGAGAUCUAGCAAUUUUGAUAUACGACUGGUAUUUUUUUGUAUUUCUUGAAAUCUUUUGUGGUGUGAGAGAAAGUUGUUAAAGAAUCCCAUUACACAGUGCCACAAAGCAGAUGGCCCGACGUCAUUGUCACGGGCGCUUUUUUUAAAGUUCGGUUUUUUUAUAGACAGCGCUUGUAUAAGUAAACGGAUCGAUUAUUUUGAAGACUGUGUUGGGGGCACUGAAAAAAUUUAUUUUCCACAAAAUAAGAAUUGAUUUUUUUUAUACUCUACGUAUACAACUUUUUAAUCUCAAAGUUCUAUUUUAUAAUUCUAUUUAUUUUGAAUAAAUCUCCAUUGCAA